UUGAAUGUAAAUCUAAUAGUACAAUUUUCAGACACGCGUCUUCUCACCCCAUGGCUCUGUUCACCGCUUCUGCCUUGGCCGGCACGAUGCGGUGAUCUUCCCACGCCGAUUCCGAUAACGCCUUCUAAUAUGCAACACCCGUCCUUGUUAUUGACGACAGCAUGCGGUUCGUUAGUUGGAGCGUCUUCAGCAACAACGGCAGGUUCUUGUGGUGUCUUCCAGAAGGAAAAUCUUCCGUCCACAAUGCCAAACCAAUGUAAAUCAGCUUUCUUUCCCUUGCCCUACAUGUUGGAAUCACGACGAUAUAGCGAGCCAGCACCGCCACCGGCUCAUUUCCUAUCACAGCGCCGACGAAGCAAAGAAGUUUCUGGACAAGUCACAUACUUGUGGGAAUUUCUGCUACGUCUACUUCAAGACAAGGAAUACUGUCCAAAGUUUAUUAAAUGGAUCGAUCAAUCCAAGGGCGUUUUCAAGCUGGUCGACUCGAAAGCAGUCUCACGACUCUGGGGUAUGCAUAAGAACAAACCUGGGAUGAACUAUGAAACAAUGGGAGAGCUUUACGGUAGGUACUGUUCUAGCUGA